AGAUGUUUUGGAUAGAAUUUCAGUGCAAAAUUGUACUGGAUAGUUAUCGAUAUCAUUCGAUAUUAGAUAAGAAUAAACGAUUAAUAGUGAUUUGCUCUAUAUAGUACUAAAAUAGAACACGGCUACGGCUAAAUUGUAUAUAAAUUUGAUAACUUGAGCUGAGAAAAACAAUUGACAAUCGAUUUGUUGGAAGUGGAUAAGUAAUUCGUUUGCAAGUUGAAAAGUAAUUUGUAAUAGUGAUGUCUUCCAUUUCAUUAUCUUCAACAUUACUUUGUCGUUUAUGUCUUAAAUCAUGCGUGGUCUACAACCACCUAUAUAAAGAUAAUCAAGAAAAAAGCAAUGUAUAUUCUAUUGCGUCAAAAUACUUUGGACCACAAAUAAUAGAUUCGAGCCAUGGACAACCCGUUAUCUGUACGGAAUGCUGGCUUCAAAUAAAGGAAUUUCACCAAUUCAAACAGACAGUAGUUGGUGCCCACUUUAGAAUAUCAAAUCUGUGUCCAAAAACGGGUAUGGUUAAAAGUGGUGUGCCCCAAAAAGUUUUCGUCAUUGCACACAAAAAUGUGCCUCCAGGCGACGACACUAAAUAUUACGAUAUAUAUGUUGUGGAUGAUGAUAAUUAUACGCCACGAAACGUUGUGGAAAACAUAGGUCCGCACUCUUCACCUAAUGAAAUAAAUGUGUCGCAGCAAACUAAGGAGGGUUUGCGAAGCGAUGAAUUUGUGAUACAAACUAUGGACUUGGAUAUCAAUAGUCAAGCAUACCAAUUAGGCAAAGCAAAUGAACACAUGGACAUUGAUUAUGAGAAAAAACAUGCAGAACAACGAAGAGAUGAACAGGAAUAUGUGCCGGAAAGGAAUAUAAUUGAUCCCCUUUCUCUCUGCCAAAUUGAAGUAGGCACUGAAGGUAUAAAAGGCAACGUGAAAUAUACUUCAUAUUUAUCUUCUGUUGACGGUAAAUUCUAUACGGUCGCUGAAGAGGAUUCAAAUCAAAAUAAUGGAGAGGAAAUUUAUCACGCAGAGGAUAAAACACUUGAAAUCCAAAAAGCUAGACGCCGUGUAAUUGAUCUAGAAAACGAAAUAGCUCUUUUGUUCCCAGAAUUGCCAUGUUUACACUGCGAAACAAAAUGUGUAUCCUUUAAGCUGCUGCAGGAUCACUACAGUCUUUAUCAUCCCAAUGAGCGAUGUUUUGUGAUCUGUUGUAACUAUAAUUUCUUUCGUCGAAGCGAUCUAGCCGAUCAUGUGGCAGUUCAUUUGAAUAAAGUUAAUCAUAAGUCUGAUAAGACAGGAAGGAAGAACUUUAAAAGCGAAGCCAUUAAGCAUAAUCGGUGUCCAAGGACUAAUCCACACAAACAAGAAUAUAUAAGUAAACUAGACUUGCUUUUGGAACAAAUGAAAAUCAAUUUGCAAUGUGGUUUAUGUAACACACCAUGCCCAAGUUUUAAACAUAUGAAAUACCAUUUCCGUGUAAAGCACGAGGAUGAUAUCACUCACAUUGUAUGCUGUGGCCAAAAAAUUUAUGAUUACGACCACAUUGCAGAACAUAUGCUAAGGCACCAGGAAGUGAAAGGCCCGUUUGUAUGCGAAGUAUGUCAUAUGUCUUUCGAAGAGAAAUCGUUUCUUAAUGACCACAUGGUGAUGCAUGUCAGUUCCAUUUACAAUUCCCAAAGAGAACAAGAAGAGUUAGAAACAGUAUCGUCAAAUAAAGCACCACAAGAGAAAGUAACAACAAACAAAAGGCGUUGUGGCGCCAUGUUGGAUUAUGAUAUAGCCCAAUGGAUGCCAGAUAUUCAGUGUUUACACUGCGAGGUUACCUGUAAAUCCUUUGCGCUUCUGCAGGAGCACUAUCGUGAAAAUCACCCAGAACAUCGCUGUGUUGCGGCAUGUUGUAAAUAUAAAUUUAGCCGAAAAAGCGAAUUAGCCGAGCAUAUACGUUAUCAUUUAAAUCCCAAAGAGUUCACAUGUGAGAAAUGUGGAAAAUCUUUGCGAGAUAGAAAAUCGCUAGAGAAGUAUCAUGUAUGCCCCAAGCACAUAAGGACCCUAAAUAGAUCAUCCGCUAAGAAUACCUUAAAAAUAGACGCCUUAUUGAAGCAACUAAAAAUCUCUUUGGAGUGUGGACUCUGUAAUAGACUAUCGCCAAAUUAUAAGCUGCUACUGGCACAUUACCGUCUGAAACAUAGCAAUGAAGAGUUCCAAGGCGUUUGUUGUGGUAUACAAUUUCUAAAUGAAAAUAGCAUAGAGGAACAUAUUUUAAACCACCAGGAAUUGAAGGGUAACUAUGUUUGUAACACUUGUCAAAUGUCCUUUGUGCGGGAGACGCAUCUGAACGCUCACAUGGACGCACAUAAAAAUACCCCUAUAGGAGGGGACGAGGAAGAAAAUUGUGAACAAACUUUACCCGAAAUUGGGGCACUUUCUGCCGAUUAUGAUUUAUCUGCAGAUGAUGAACCAUCAGAGAAUGAGUUAGAGAAAAGACCUACUCGAAGAAGCGUCAAAGAAUUAGAUAAUGCUAUAGCUAAGUGGAUGCCCAUUUUACAAUGUGAAUAUUGUGGAAAAACAUUCAAAACAUACACAUUGUUGUUAAUGCACCACAAACUACAUCACAGUGCACGGAGAUGUUAUGUUGAAUGCUGCCAAGUCCAAUUUAUGUAUCGCAACAAAUUAGCCGAACAUGUACUACAAGCUCACAUAAAUCCAAAAGCCUACAUCUGUAAAAUAUGCAACAUACAGCUAUCGUGCACUUUUGGACUAAAAGACCACAUGCAAAGGUGCCAUUUUGAAAAUUCUAAAUACCACUUAAAAAGAUUGGAGGCUUUACUGGGCCGUAUGCAAGUAAGUUUAGAAUGUGGUGAAUGCCGUAGGCCAUGCUCAACUUAUAAGCUAUUGCAAUCACAUUUUCGUGACCAGCAUACCGAUAAAACAUGCCACAUUGUUUGUUGUGAAAAAAUGUUCAACCAGCCGAAAGUGAUAAGGGAACAUAUGUUGUUACAUCGCAAGUUGACAAACAAUUUCAAAUGUCCAAUUUGUCCUAUGUCAUUUAAAUGGGAAAUGGAUUUAAAUUACCAUGUAGAUGUUCAUAGUAGGCCAGCAAUUGAUAAUGCAAAACACACUGGAGAGGAAUCGACUAUAAUAUCAAAUGCAUCAACAUCUUCAAUCAAGGAGGCAUCUUAAUCGCCGAUUACAAAGGCACCAACAUACAUAUACGUGCAUGGACGUAUCAUAUAAAUCACCGAAUGUAUAAAAUGAAGUAAGGUAUCCCCAUAACAAAACUACGAAUAUCUUGUUCCAUGAAUUUUCAUGAUUUUCAAAAAAUUUUAUUCAAGAUAAACUAGCAAAUGUCACCUAUUUUUUUUUUAAGCUUAAAGGCUGGUACUAUGUUCUUUUUUCACAGGUGAAAAUACAAGUUUUUCACGAUUACAGUUUUGAAACACUGAAAUACUUUAUAAGUAAUAAGGGAAUGAAAUCAGCAAGUUUUUAGCUCAAAAUCUGGUAUCUAAAAAAACUAAUCAUGAAAAAAUUUCGCCAAAGCAAAUAUAGUACCGCCCUUUA